ACCUGCCUGGAGACACCUGACUUCCCGUGUCUGGCGUGGUCAGGGACCAGGGCAAGGACUGGGCUGGACGCCCUGGGGGGAGGCCGGCCCAGGGCUUGAGCCGAUUUGACCCUCAGGAGCUGUCAUGGGGUUUUGGACUGGACCUUAAGGGCUCUAGGGGCCUGGAUUUGGAGUUCUAGCCUCCCCUUGGCCUGUUGGUGGGGGGCGGGCCAUGGAAUCCAACCUGCAGGGCCCCUUCCUGCUGAACAACACGCCGCUGGCCCAGUUCUCGGAGAUGAAGGCACCUGUGUGCCAGUACUCCAUGCAGAACUCCUUCUACAAGCUCAGCCCCCCGGGCUUGGGUCCCCAGCUGCCGGCCGGGACCCCCCACGGCAUCACGGACAUCCUGAGCAGGCCCGUGGCCGCUCCCAACAGCAGCCUCCUGCCUGGCUACCCCCACGUGGCCGGCUUCGGUGGCCUCGGCUCCCAGGGGGUCUACUACGGCCCCCAGGUGGGGAGCUUCUCCAAGGCGGGGAGCGAGUACCCCACCCGGACCCGGAACUGCUGGGCGGACGCGGGCCAGGACUGGCGAGGCGGGCGGCAGUGCGGCAGCACCGCGGACCCCCUGGGCGACAGCAUCCACAAGAAAAAGCACACCCGGCCCACCUUCACGGGCCACCAGAUCUUUGCCCUGGAGAAGACCUUCGAGCAGACCAAGUACUUGGCUGGCCCCGAGAGGGCGCGGCUGGCGUACUCGCUGGGGAUGACCGAGUCGCAGGUCAAGGUGUGGUUCCAGAACCGGAGGACCAAGUGGCGGAAGAAGAGCGCCCUGGAGCCCUCGUCGUCCACGCCGCGGGCCCCGGGCAGCGCCGGCGCGGGCGGGGAGCGCGCGGCCUCGGAGACCGAGGACGACGAGUAUAACAAGCCCCUGGACCCCGACUCGGACGACGAGAAGAUCCGGCUGCUGCUGCGCAAGCAUCGCGCCGCCUUCUCGGUGCUCGGCCUGGGCGCGCACGGCGUGUGA